CUUGUGUGUUCAUGGCGGGAACUUGUACCUCGAUAAGGCCUCGCCUCAUUGGGUCUUGCUCGAUUGUUGAGCUUUCCAGGUUGAUUAAUCGAGCCGGAGCUCCUUUCUCUGUUCGGAUCUCCACCAGAAGGUCCAGAAUCCGAGGCCAAGGAGGCGCUUUCACUGCACCGGCGUCACGUGAGGAAGGUCCUUCUUGCAUCUUCGUCGGUCCGAUUGAUUCCGCCCGCAAAGAAACACUGGAAGCUCUUUACCGCCAAGCGAGGGAUGCGUAUUACAAUGGCAAGCCUUUGAUAGUUGAUGACAUGUUUGACAGAGUUGAGCUAAAGCUUCGGUGGUACGGUUCAAAAUCGGUUGUAAAGUACCCUCGAUGCAGCCUCCUGAGACAGUCAACUUAUGCUGAUGCAGAGGUUUUUGGUGGGAUUAGUAUUAUGAUUCAUGGUUAUGGUAGUGGACACAAAUGGGAUGAUACAUCACAAGUUCUCCUGUUAGCUACCAUAUGGAUCUUGAUUCUCUUGUUUGGUAGCUCAGCGUGCGUUUUGCCCACCAUGUAUGGCCUCGGCUUAGUCCAUGGAGGAGAUCCGUUCGACUCGGGGCUUAUCUAUAGCGGACAGUUGUCAUCUUCUGUGCCUCUUUUGUCGAAGUUGAACGGCAUGCUUCUCACCGUGCUAGGACCUGCUUUAGGGUAUCCGAUUGCAUCUUCUUCAGUAAGAGUACUUAAAGGGUUAUGGAGAAAUGACUUAACUGCUCUAAAAGGAGACUGCCCAAAUUGCGGCGAAGAGGUUUUCGCAUUCGUGAGAUCCGAUCAAUCAAACCGAUCAGCUCACAAAGCCGACUGUCAUGUCUGUGAGUGCACCCUGGAGUUCCGUACCAAAGUGGAGAAAUGUGCGACACCGUUGGGUAGAAAAUGGGUUUACGGCAGGAUAUACCUCGUUUCACGGCCAAGGAGAAAUCGUCGUUCCAAGUUUACA